UCCUAAAAACAUUAAGUAUUCAAUGCCUUGUAAAAUUCAAAACAUGUCACUGAUUUGCUUCCAUAGUAGUAGGCCUAGGCCGUGACUGGCCACAUACUCCGGUACAGUAGGUGGCGGUGUAUUGAGUUUAUAGCAGGAUACCAUCCGCCAAUUAGAGUCAAAGAAGAAGAUAACAAGCUGGCUUGGUAGUUUUUCUGCCACCACUAACUGAAGAAUCGUUGUAUUUUUUUCCUUAUUCAAUUUUUUGAAGUCGCAUAGUUUCAAUCCAACUUUAUAUAUGUGUUCGUCUAUUACCUCGCAAACCAUCGCACACUAGCCGCCUACCUAACUCGUGUGGACUUGUUCAUCGACUACCACACGGCCCACAGUGAGGACCUGGUGAAGAAGAGCUGAUGCCACUAGCGGGCUUUGCUUUUCCCCAAGUUGAGAGCCCUGUCUAACCGUCUGUGAAGUCUUCGUCUGUUUCGGGAGUGAUGGAGGCCCCACCGGUCACUGUGAUGCCCGUUACCGGGGGCACCAUCAACAUGAUGGAAUAUCUGUUACAAGGCAGUGUGCUGGACCAGGCCCUGGAGAGUCUGCUUCACCGCCUGAGAGGCCUGUGUGACAACAUGGAGCCCGAGAGCUUUGCCGACCAUGAGCUGGUCUACCUCCUCAAGGGCCAGCAGGGCAACCCCUUCCUGCUCCGCGCCCGCCGCUCCCUCUCCCACCCCACCGCCCCCUGGCACCUGCGCUACCUGGGCCAGCCCGAGGUGGGCGACAAGAGCCGGAACGCGCUGGUGCGGAACUGCGUGGACGUGGCCGCCUCCCACAGCCUGCCUGACUUCCUCAACGAGAUGGGCUUCCGCAUGGACCACGAGUUUGUGGCCAAGGGCCACAUCUUCCGUCGGGGCGUGCUGAAGGUGGUGGUGAGCAAGCUGUCGCGGGUCCUGGUGCCGGGGAACACGGAGAACACUGAGCCCCUGUCGCUGUCGUACCUGGUGGAGCUGAGCGUGCUGGCGCCCGCGGGGCAGGACACCAUGUCCGAGGACAUGCGCAGCUUCGCGGAGCAGCUCAAACCGCUGGUCCACCUGGAAAAGAUCGACCCCAAGAGACACAUGUGAGGUGCCGGGGAGGGGGGGCAACUGCAAACACCCAAUCAGUGCGCUGUGUAACAGCUGCCGUCCAAUGACAAACAAGCUUGACAUCCCCCCCACCAAUGAGGCGCAGCCGGGCCCAGUCUGAGGUCAGUCUCGGGUGUGUGUUCCCCCCCCCCCCCCCCCCCCCAAGGAAAAAACUUACAGAUUUUCUGGUGUGUUUACGUUUUCUACAAGCGUGAAUCCGACAAACACAUGCUUUGUGAUUCGUUCUGUUUGUUUGUUGCCUGGAUGGCCCUCUCUCUCACUCAGUGGGUUAACGCCUGUUACAGACAUGCAGCGUUCAGCUGCAGUCAUGUUUGUGAAGGACUUCUAGAGGAUUAUUACAUGGCCCGCAAGGAUUAUGUGACAAACGGGAGAUAUUGCAUGUGUAAAUAAUGACCAUCUUUUUCCAAAUCACAUGAAUACAAUGAUGCUAUAGAUCACAUAUGAUUCAUUUCACAGUCAUGUGAAUGUCAGUCAUUCACUCUGUUGUUUUUUUUUGGAUUUAGGCUUUAAUGCUAAAUAAAAACUGUCUCAAGGCC